AUGGCUCGGGUGUGUCUCAACUACCUUGUCGGGGAAGAAAUGAAGCCUCCGAGGAGCAGCCGACGCCGUCCUUCGGCACGUUUGCCAGCAGCAAGAUUAGAUUUCGCCGCCUAUGCAUACACAGCAUACUCCUAUCAUCUCUCGAGGUCUGACCCGUUGGCGGCAGGGACAUUCCAGCUUGCCGUGCAGUUCUUCAGAUCCAAUGUCCUCACUUGGAUUGAAACGAUUGCUGACUCGAAAAGUCUUAAUCACCUUAUCCGCGCCUCAAAACAUCUCAAGAUCUACGUCAAUGCAUGUGCCAUUGAGCGUUCACCACUGGACCCUCGGUUACAAGCACUACGACAGUGGACAACGGACCUUGCUCGGAUUCCUGCCAUGUUUGCCAACGCGCUCACGAUAUCACCGUCAGCAAUAUAUUCGUUGGUACCUCCAUUCAGUCCCACCGAGUCUAUGGUAUACAACACUGGGCGCUCAGGCCGGAGGCUCGAAGUGCUUGGCACGCCUAACAAGCAAUGGGAUGACAGGCUGCUGUGCAUCGAUUUCCGUCAAGGUCAACCUAGGGCCUUGCGCUAUGGAGACGAGUUCCUGGCCGUCGGUCUCAGUUCAGGAACUGUCAUAUUGUAUCAUGCCACAUCGUACCAGGAGUACAAGGUCUUGGAGCACGGUGAAGCAGUCAAAUUCAUUGCUUUCAAACCCAAAACUGACCUCGUAGCAACUUGUGGUAUGAAAAUGGCCAAGGUCUGGGAUAUCAGAAGUGGGCAAGUGGUGCACAGCCUCGCGAGCCCUCCCAGUCCGGUGGGGAUGGAAUUCGAUGGAAGUACGCUUUUAAUUGUGAGUCGCAACAAUUAUGUCGCGGCUUGGUUUUUGGGACACGGCGCCCAGCCGGAAUCGGUGCGGAGGCCAUGGAGCGAUACCGAUACGCUAGAGACGAACCGAACGCCUCCGCGUGGGACCCCAUGCGCACUGGCUCUCUCUACCACCCACGGAAUGCUUGCCGUCGCUUACAGCCGCCAACCCAUUGUGCUGUGGGACAUGGAAGAGGACGCCUACGCUGGUAACUGUGGCAAGAAACUAUCCAGCGGAGAAACCUGCACGGAUGUUGUUGUCGUUGCGCUUGCUUUCAACCCCAAUCCUGACAUUAGUCUUCUCGCAGUAGUGUACCUCGAUGGUGAUCUUGCCCUCCUUGACCCCUUUGCCGAUCGGCAGCUGGAAUGUUUUCGUGCCAAUUGCCAAACCCUCGCUCCAAGUCCCAAUGGGUGUCUCCUCGCAGCGGGUGGUGCAAACGGGAUUAUCCACGUUUAUGAAUUUGAUACCUUCAAGCUCCUGUAUCGGGUCAAGUCAUCCAACUCAUUCAUCAAGCAGCUUGCCUUUGCCAGGGACAGUAUGCUUUUUGCCGAUAUACGAGGCGCCCAGUGCAAUGUGUGGGAACCUGAAACUCUGUUGCGGGAGACCUUGAGCGAUGACAGCAGCGGGACCACUUUCACUACAGUGGUCGAGACGGUUUCCGUGGAAGCCAAAGCGAAGAUCACUGCCAUGGUGGUCCAUCACACGUCUGAAGUUAUCUUUUGCGGAAAGGAUGAUGGAUCUGUCGUACUGUACGAACAGAAAACAGCAACGAGCUUGAAGACUCUAUACUGCCAUAAGGCACCAGUCCGCCUGUUGGUCUGGAUUGAACGGAGAGACGCGCUCCUUAGUGUCGAUGCCUCCAACAUGAUCUUCCUACACAGAAUGCAGAAGUCAGCAGACAAAGGCUGGCUUAGUGAUUUGACGGUACUCUUCAAAUCCCGCCUCGACUCCGAGAAGGCAAUCAUAGAUGUGCUAGUAGGGGAAAUGGCGGCGAAGUUCCUAGUAUCGACUCGUGAGUCUGAUCACCUGUUCAGCUUGGACAGCGGUAAGUGUGUGACAGAGCGAACAUAUCCACAAAUUCCCGGAAUCCGCAAAUGGCUCCCCCAUCCAGAAUCCUCUCUACACAUUGUCUGUAUCGACAACACCAAAGUCUGCGCCUACUCCUGGAGUGACUGGUCUGAAUUUUCAUGCGUUGCAUUAUCGCUGAAAAAUGACAUGGCAGAGCUCAAAAGCGCGAUCCUCUAUUCGGUCGGCCAAAAACAAAGAAUUAUGCUAGACUUGUUACAGCCGAACAGCUCCGUCGACUCCAACAGAAUUACGGUAAUUGAUUUAGACCACCUUGUCAUCGAAAACAGAGAUAGCAGCUUCUUGCUAGGGAAGCAAUUAGAUGCUGUACCGGCGUUCGAUCCACUUGUCACGGAUGAAGAGGGGGAGAAAAUGGUCAAAACAUUGAGUUCGGCCGCUCCGCUUCGUUCACGGAUGACAGCAUUCGGACUAAGCGUUGCCCAUGUCAUCGGAAUUGACGAAUCAAGGAAACUCGUAUUCCUUAAUCGGUCUUCUUGGGUAUGCUCUGUUGAUCUCAACGAGAGUGGGUUAGAGAUCGCGCAACGCAAAGAUCCCCUGACGAUCAAGGUCUUCGAGCAGUUUUUCGUCCCAUACGAUUGGUUCUCUGGGAAGAGGGACGUCGUUUGUGGUUUGGCAAAGAGAGAUAUUAUGUUAACUCGGGGUGGCGACCUGGCCGUGAUUAGGGGCGGUCUUGACUAUGCUGAGAGAGUACGCAUAGAAUAA